UCAUCGUCCACGAGAUGAAAGACAAGUCUCGCGAUAUUACCACAACCUGUUUGACAGGCAGGCACCGAGAGGAGGCGAGAAGAGAGACUGCAAAAUAUAUCGGUGGUUCUGUGACAAGCUAACGAAUAUAUCAACAUUUAACAAACACUUUCUAGCUUUGAUUGAAUUAGAAAGAAACCCAGGCCCGCUGUAUAUCAGACGUGAUUUCCUGAUUAAAUCUUAGGUGAGAUUUGGGAAGUACCGCGGCCCCAGAAGCCGACAUUGUAUGUGUGGAGGGCUAACUGUUAGCUGGGAAGCUACACAGCAUAGCCAUUGAUGCAAUGGCGUUGAAACGAAUUCAGAAGGAACUGUCUGACCUGCAGAAAGACCCUCCUGCUCAGUGCUCUGCUGGACCAGUUGGGGAAGAUUUAUUUCAUUGGCAGGCGACAAUAAUGGGUCCAAGUGACAGCCCUUAUCAGAGCGGAGUGUUUUUCCUCACCAUUCACUUCCCGACAGAUUACCCCUUCAAACCACCCAAAGUUGCAUUCACAACGAAAAUUUACCACCCUAAUAUCAACAGCAAUGGAAGUAUUUGUCUGGAUAUACUGAGAUCACAAUGGUCACCUGCACUUACAGUAUCAAAAGUAUUAUUGUCAAUCUGCUCUCUUCUUUGUGAUCCAAACCCCGACGACCCACUGGUACCAGAGAUCGCCCAUACAUACAAGGCUGACAGGGAAAGGUACAACAAAUCAGCAAGAGAAUGGACACAUAAGUAUGCAAUGUGAAAAUACCAGGGAGAUCAAAAUACAAAUGAGAACAAAAGAAACACGUUUGAUUUGUAACUUGAGGCAAAUGAGCAACAGAGGUGAGGAGGAGGAAGUAAUACAAUGAGGUACAGUGCCACCUGGCUUUCCAUGUGCUGAGCUGCUACCAUGUGCUGUCCUUCAUGACUUGUGUGAAUCUGCUGAGCAGGACCUGAUGGGCUCCUUAAAGCACUCCCAUAUGGAAUACCGGAAACUCUUCACAGUCCAUACCGCCACACUCAGACUUUAAACUGUUACUCCUGCUCUUGUGAUUUUCACUAUUGUUGUUGCUAUUCAUACUCAUCAUUUUCACUGUCAAUGAGUCAUAUAAUUGUGCUACUCUGAAGCAAAAAUAUUUUGAUUUUUUUUUGGAGAUUGGCUCUCCCUUCAUUUUCAGAGGUACUGUCUGUGUCCCACUGGAUGUCUUGUUAUUACUGUAUUUCCAUGUAUUUAGUGGCCUUUCUGUGUUAUGAUUUUUUUGGUAUAUGUGCAAUUGAGGCAGAAUGUUCCCUGUUCAACUCAAAAUGGUGCAGUACCAUUACCAGCAGCUGAUCUGUUGGCACAUACUGUCUCUACCCCGAAACAAUGUGAAAGAUGCAAAGAAGGAUUGGUCUCUUAACACCCACGCUGCAUUUUAAAUUGCAACAGUAUUUAGUGGUUUUGAGGACACUGAGAGCUGCUGUUUAGAGCUAGCUAGCCCUCACCUCAUAGUGGUUGGGCUGCAUAGGGUGAAUGUCACCUCCCCUUUUUCUCACACAUGCUGUCAUUGCCCUAAUAUCCUGUAAAACACCCAUGGCUGGUAUCCAUAGUGCACACAAUUCUACUGUUGUUUGACACAUUACUUGUUGUGUAGCUAUGAACGUGGCUACUCUUUGGCAUAUAGCUGAGCUGUGUGCCACCUCCUCACUACAGUUACUCAGGUAUCUAACCAAAUCCUCAGCCUUUACAUGCAGUGACCCAUUGUGAGAAAAAAUGACCAGGUCCCGUAUCAUCAGGCUUCUUAAAAAUGUACUGAUCUAAGUUCACUGGUUUGUUAAUAGAAAAGAACAAGCUAACCCGGGUGAGACAAAAUGAUAAAAGACAGAUCCACACUCCUGGAGUUCUUAAUGCAUGAAGGCCCUGACAGUCUGCGUUGCAGCAAAAUAUGUGACCCCCAAAAGUAGUAAUUUUGUCUCUGAGAGGGCUUUUUCAUUAUCCCUCUCAAGUUAUUUUCAUUACCAUCUUCAUUUAUCUUUCUAAGCAACACUUUGAUAUGAGCAGCUGUUAAACAAAGCUGUUACACAUGGACAUGCUUCUGUUUCCCCGAGAUGAAAUGGCCUUUGGUAACAGCUGGUUCCAGUUCUACUCAAAAGUUCUACAGACUUGUCAUUUUUCAGAACCUAUUCAUAUCAAGUCAUGUGCAUCUUGUUACUUAAGGUGAAGAAAUACGGUUUUCAUGACAAUUUCAUCUGCUUCAACCAUCAAGUGAUGUGAAAAUUGUCAGCAUUUCUGUACGUUCAUGUUUGGGUCUGCAAAGGUUUGUUUUGUUUCGGGAUAAACGAUCCACACUGACAGUACAACAGUUUGUCUCGUUGACUCAUUGGUAACCUUUUUUUAUUGUAUCUUUGAAAGCUUUAGUGAUAGGUAAUUUCUUUUUCAUUCAUGUCACCAGAAUUGAACAAGAUUGUGAUGUGUCAUAAUGUAAUAUUGGUUUUAAUAUAAUUCAUUGUGGCUGUUGGGUAAAAUAGUUAGGAAAUGCUUUGAUUUUUUUUCUUUUUUCUUUUUUUUUUUUUUUUUUAGUCAUGGCUCAUAAUGUGCUGAUGCUGCCAAUAAAAAGGGAAUUGUUUAAUAUCAUUAAGGGGAAUAAUUUAGCUUUUGAGGCAUUAUUGAGUGGAUUCAUCCAGAUAGGUCCAUACUUAAGCAUGAACAUUUUAGAGGCUUCGAUUGUAAAAAUUAACACCAUGGUUCAGGCACCAGAUAUAGAGUUUCAUCAAUGUUGACUGCUGUAAAAGAAAAUUCAAGUCAUGUUGAAAUACAGUAUACGCUAAAAGGUUUUGAAAAUAUAUCCUCAAAAUGCA